AUGUACAAAAUGACUCAUAACCAAAGAUGUGAAUCUAUAUUAAGAGGAUUCAAGCUGAACUGGAUGAAUUUGCGUGAUGCUGAGUCAGGAAAAAUUCUUUGGCAAAGCACUGACGACUUUUCCAUUCCAGAGGUUGAACACGAAGCUCACGUCCCAAAGAAAAUCCUUAAGUGUAAAUCGAUUUCUCGUGAAAUCAACUUUUCUUCGGAAGAAUCCUUGGAAAACUUUUGGCUGGAACAGGAAGUAUUGUUCAAAGACCAGCCAAUUGAAAACUGGAGUUUCGAAUUCGGUUUCGUAAUACCAGGCUCAACCAAUACAUGGCAGUCGCUAAUACAAUCCGACUCAGCUGAUCGAAUGAUCCCUGCUAAAGUAUUAAGUGGCAACGUAGUGAUUGUAACACACUUUUAUGAUGGUGACCUUUUAGUUAGCAAAUCUCGAACCAGGAUGAAAACAUCAACCUCAAAUCCUCCCUAUCUCUAUCCCUGUUUAUGCACAUGA